CCCGACCCCGCCCCCGCCCCGCCCGAGCCCGCUCCGGUACCGGCCCCGUUGCCCGCUCCCCUCUCCGGUACCGGCUCCGUUCCCCGCCAUGAGCAGCUCCCAGUUCAACAAGGGCCCGUCCUACGGGCUCUCCGCCGAAGUCAGGAACCGGCUUGCCCAGAAGUAUGAUCCACAGAAGGAGGCCGAGCUGCGGACGUGGAUCGAGAGCGUGACAGGAAAACAGAUUGGACCUGACUUCCAGAAGGGGCUGAAGGAUGGGGUGAUCCUCUGCGAGCUCAUGAACAAGCUGCAGCCCAACUCGGUGAGGAAGAUCAACCGCUCGGCUCAGAACUGGCACCAGCUCGAGAACCUCUCCAACUUCAUCAAGGCCAUGGCCAGCUAUGGCAUGAACCCCGUGGACCUCUUUGAAGCCAAUGACCUUUUUGAGAGCGGGAACCUGACGCAGGUGCAGGUGUCGCUGCUGGCGCUGGCGGGAAUGGCCAAGACAAAGGGGCUGCAGAGCGGGGUGGACAUCGGCGUGAAGUACUCGGAGAAGCAGCAGAGGAAUUUCGACGAGGCCAAGAUGAAGGCUGGGCAGUGUGUGAUUGGGCUGCAGAUGGGCACAAACAAGUGUGCCAGCCAGUCUGGCAUGACUGCCUAUGGCACCCGGAGGCACCUCUACGACCCCAAAAAUCAGAUCCUGCCACCCAUGGACCACUCCACCAUCAGCCUCCAGAUGGGCACCAACAAGUGUGCCAGCCAGGUGGGCAUGACAGCUCCGGGCACCAGGAGACACAUCUACGAUUCCAAGCUGGGCACAGAGAAGUGUGACAACUCCUCCAUGUCGCUGCAGAUGGGCUCCAACCAGGGCGCCAACCAGAGCGGGCAGGUCUUUGGGCUCGGCCGCCAGAUCUACGACCCCAAGUACUGCCCCCAGGGCAGCCAGGGCGAGGUGGCCAACGCGGCCGGGGAGCAGAGCGGGGACCCGCCCGGGUACCGCUACUACCAGGAGGAGGAGGAGGAGGAGAGAUACUGAGCGGGAUGGCUCCGCCCCAGCCGCACCAUCUCAUCAACAGCCACAUUCCAGCCUCCACUUUCGUCAUUCCCUCUUUUCAAACUCUUUUUUUUUUUUUUUAAACUUUGGAAAUGGAUCUAUUUUUCUGAGCGAGGAAAUAAAGACCCUGUUUGUAGAGAGGUGGCCAGCCGGUUCUGCCAGGAGCUGCAAGCAGGAUGGUGGCAGAUGUUCCAGCAGCUGGGGGAGGACGGUGUCACCUCUCACACACCCCUGGGAUGCCCCUGGAUCCCUCAGCAAGGAGCAGGAGUGGCCUCCCAUGCUGUCCCUGGUGCUGCUGCUGCUCAUCCCUGUGCUGCAGGACCCUCCUCAGCCCUGUGGAGGAGAGGGACUGGGGGCAUGGGGGAAGCACAUCUGGGAGAGACCUCGGGAUUGUGAGUGUUUGUGGGUGGAUGUGUGUGUGCACAGGUUUGUGCUCCGGUGUGCUCUCUAAAUGCUGGAAAUGCCCUUUUUGCAGAACUCACAGAGACCAAGUUAUCCGGGCCACGGUGAUGGCUGCAGGGCUGGGCAGGGAGCUGGCACAGCUGGCACAGCUGGCACACCCAGCACUGCAGCAACCUGAUAUCCCAGGCUGGAGCCAAGGCUGACUCCAACGCCUGCAUCCCGCACCGGGGCGGUGCCCUGCCCAUCGACAUCUCCCCUCCCGUGUGCUUUUAAAGUGGAUGCUCUCAGACUGAAACCAUUUAUAUGAAAAAAAAAAAAAAAAGGCAAACCUUUCAACACAAACGGGAGCUGGUCUGUGCUGCAGGCGCCUCCUCCAGCCUCAGGCGGGUCUCUCUGUGCCUGGGGGGCUGCAGACCUGGCUGAAAUCCCCGAUGCUGCGUGUGCUGGGUGGGGGGAGAGGGAGCCGGGAAGGGGCUGUGAGGUUAAGAGAUAUGAAGUUAAUUAAU